AUGAUUUGUCAUUUAAAAUUUAUCAUAACAUGGAUUUUACUUUUACCUCGACUCUCAGAUGGCGGAAGUGUCACAUGGUUUGAACCUCCUCCACCUAGGACAACUUCAGAUCCAAACGAAGUACUCCCCACUAUUAGUUUAAAUUUGUAUGAAAGAUCUCCUGCUACACUGAAAUGGAGCUACAAUUUUACGGCAGUUUCAAUAAUUCUGGCUGUCUUAAAAUUCAAUGGUGCUGGUAUAGUCAACUAUCAAAAUGGACGAGUUGGUGUUGUCAGCAAUCAAUUUCGGGAACGGUUCAGUGGAAGCUUCACUCCACAAAGUGCUUCUCUGGUUAUCUCUCCCGUGACUGCUGCUGACGAUAAGGCUAACGGAACAUUUACCUGUGAGUUAAUUGCUUCCAAUUCUGAUGUUUGGGUACGCGCAAUUCAGGUGCAAGUGCUAGUUCCAAUAAAUAUCACUGGGAUUAGAGGUGAACCAACUGUUCUUGAAGGUGAUAACUUGCAGUUAAACUGUGAAGCAUCGAGUCGAAUAGAACCAAACAUCACUUGGACCAAAGAGAAGCCUGGGAACCAGGGAAAUACUGUUGUGGUGCAAAAAGGAAAGGUGCUGAAUAUAACAAACAUCAACAGGACUGAUGCUGGAAAUUAUACCUGUACAGUAUACAAUGUCGUUGGUAAACCAGAGAGCCGAACAGUUUAUGUGAAUGUUACUUAUCCAGCCACAAUUGUUAAAUUUCAAACUGAGUAUAUUGUUGGUGUACAACAAAGUGUAACUCUUAACUGUGAAGCAGAAGGAAACCCUCCACCUACUUACACUUGGAUUCCAUGUAAUGAGCCAGAACAACUUUGUAACAAAGAAACUCUUGAUAUUUCACAAGUGCCCAACGAUGCCAGCUAUACCUGCAGAGUUGUCAAUGUACAUGGAACUGAUACAAAAACUGCAAUCAUUUACAUUGCAGGAAAUGUGAUUAACAUAACCAUUAUCAUCACAAGUGAAAACUGCACAGACAAGAAAUACAAUAAAUUCUUGUUACUGAGGAAAUUGGAAGAAGAGAUUAAAAGAGCAUUUGCUGGUAAACUUGAUUAUGAAAGAGUGCAAUCAAUGAGUGUUAGGUGUGGAAGUAUAACUGUUGACCUUGCACUGAAAUUCAACUCCAUUACAAAGGAACAAGAUGUUAUCACAACACUUAAUGACGCCUUGAAAGAUGGAAAGCUGGGAGAGUUCAGUGUGGGUUCUAUAAAAUGGAAAAGACCUAAUGUGGAACCAACAGGUGGAGGUGCCACAUCACCACCUGAAGGAUGCUCUGGGGAGCUGCCAAGUGGGACAAAAGGAGGUACUGUAUGUAUUAUUGUUGGUGCAGUGUUUGGAUCAGUUGCUACACUGGCUGUUGCUGGAAUAUUAGUUUGGUGGACAUGGAGGAAAAAGAGACGCAACACGAAAGGUACUGAAGAGGUUGCGAUGAGCAGAAGAACAUUCGGAAAUUCAAACAAUGAAAGAAGAGAAAGUACAAAUAUUCCAGUAGAAUUGCCUAAACCUUCUCAAAGCCAUUACAUGGCACUGGAAGACAGAGCUCGUUCACAAGUGACAGCAGAUGCCAGUCCACUCAGCAAUAAACAAAUCAGCGAGUACACUUCUCUUGAUCCAUACACACGCUCCUGUGAGAUUCCUAGAGAACACGUGACGAUAAAACAGAUCGUUGGAAAAGGUGCUUUUAGUCUGGUUGCCAAGGCAACAGCCGAUAACCUUCAAGGGAGAACCAAGAAGACGCUCGUAGCUGUUAAAAUGUUGUCAGAAAAUGCUUCUGAAUCAGAGAAAAAGAAUUUGCUAUCUGAACUUGAAUUGAUGAAACAACUUAAACCUCAUCCUUACGUCAUCAAACUCCUGGGAUGCGUUACCAAAUCUGAGCCACUGUUGGUUUUGAUCGAAUAUGUUCCCUUUGGGGAUCUGCUGGGUUACUUGAGAAAGAGCCGUGGAUUAAGUGAUACUUACUACAAAGACCCGGAUAUUAAACCACAAACAAAUCUGACUUCUCAGCAGCUGAUAAAGUUUGCUUGGGAAAUUGCCGAUGGAAUGUCCUAUUUGUCAUCAAUACCAGUUAUCCAUCGAGAUCUUUCAGCUCGUAAUGUGUUGGUUGGAGAAGGGGAAACGUGCAAAGUGACAGACUUUGGAAUGGCCAGAGAUGUUCAGGAGGACAAUAUUUACGAAAGAAAAACCAGGGGGCGUCUCCCUGUAAGAUGGACUGCUAUUGAGGCGUUGCUUUACGGAAAGUAUUCUACCAAGAGUGAUGUGUGGAGCUACGGCAUUCUUCUCUAUGAGAUUUUCACAAUUGGUAAGUAUCCGCGAAUGGAUGGAAGAAAAAUUGCAAACUUACUUCAAGGGGGAUACAGAAUGCCUAAACCGCAACAUUUGGAUGAUAAGUUGUAUGAAAUAAUGACGAAAUGUUGGAGAGACGAACCCAACUUAAGACCAUCUUUUGAGAAGUUGAGAAACAAACUCAGAGAGACAGUGCAUCAACUUAAGAGGUUGAUAAACUUAAAAAAUUAUGACCAUGACCUUUACGUGAAUGUCGAAGAUCUAGCCGUGUGA